CCCUUUUGGGGGGUUCAGCCCUGUGAUGUCUUUCAAGCGAGAAGGGGACGAUUGGAGCCAGCUGCAUGUGCUCAAAAAACGAAGAGUCGGGGACCUGCUAGCUAGCUACAUCCCCGAAGAUGAGGCGCUGAUGCUGCGAGAUGGACGCUUCGCCUGUGCCAUCUGCCCCCACCGCCCUGUCCUGGACACCCUGGCCAUGCUGACCGCCCACCGUGCAGGCAAGAAACAUAUGUCCAGCCUGCAGCUCUUCUAUGGCAAGAAGCAGCUAAGGAAGGGGCCGGCACUGAACCCCAGGCCGCAGGAGGAAGCUGGCAAAGAAGAGGGCAAAGUGGAGGCUCCCUUGCUGGUCCAGACCCGACUUAUCACCCAGAACACGCUGCACAGGGCGCCUCAUUAUAACAGCUGCUGCCGCAGAAAGAACAGACCAGAAGCCCCCCGAUUCUCUGGCCCCCAGACCCCUCUGCAACCCCCAGAAUUUGAACCCCAGAGCGGGGUUAGUGGAGAAGCUGGGCCAGUGAGUUCCCAAGUCCAGGAACCUGCAGCCGCGCCCACCCCUGCCCCUCUGAGCCCCACACGGCGACGUGCCCUGGAUCAGUACCUCCACUUACGAAGCUCUGGGUGGAUCCCGGACGGACAGGGCCGAUGGAUCAAAGAUGCAAAUGUUGAGUUUGACUCUGAUGAGGAGGAGCCCCCUGACCCCCCUUGGGGUCACACCCUCCUUUCCCAUCAGGCCACAGAUACACAGCCACAGGAGAGGAGUGGAGGAGGAUUGCUGGAUUCGGGGCGCCCAGCUCGAGUUGGGGAGGAGGCUGGCGGCGUUAGCUCUUCUUCUGCUGCUGGCGACCUGUGAAGGGGGACAGCAAACGGGCCUUUGUUCCUUCUCGAGCUUCCCACCAUGGAAGCCCCUUUCUCCUUUCGUGUCUUUGGAUC